GAGAUAGCAUUAAUAAUCAUAUCGAAGCCGAGUUUCAUUCCUUGAGGUCUGAGGUUGGACUAUUGAGGUCUGCUAUUGAGAUUGCUGAGACUAAAUAUCAGGAAGAACAGAUUCAGAACACGGUGAAGAUAAGAAAUGCUUAUGAGUUGAUCGAACGGAUAAAAUCUGAAUCAAGUCAGAUGGAAUCAGAAUUGGAAGGAAAGAAAGCUGAAAUUGAGCAGUUAAAGGAAAAAUUGAUGGAUAAGGAAAAUCAGUUACAGGGUAUUGUGGAUGAGAAUGAGAGGUUGAAUUUGAAGAUUGAAAAGAUUACAUCUUUGUCAUCGAAAAAAGAACUUGAAUUUCAGAAGGAACUUAAAAGAUUAGACGAAUAUGUUGCUGUAUUGAAGGCUGGUCUGAUGGACAAGGAGACAACAUUGCAAAGCAUAUCAGAAGAGAAUGAAAUGCUGAAGUUGGAAAUCAAUAAAAGGUUUACACAGGUCGGCAUAGUGAGGGAGGAAGUUGCUGCAAAACUAGGUGCUGCUAAGGCUGCAGAACGCGAUGCAUUCGCAAAACUUAGGAUAAUGAUAGAGGAGACAGAGAGGAACAGUAGUAAGGCGGCGAGGGUGGCCGAGCAGCUCGAAGCAGCACAAGCGGCAAACGCAGAAAAAGAAGCUGAGUUAAAAAGAAUCAAAGUGCAAUGUGAUCAGUGGAGGAAGGCUGCAGAGGCUGCUGCUGCUAUGGUUUCGGCAGGGAACAACGGGAAGAUCACCGAGAGAUCCAUGUCUAUGGACAACAACUACAACAAUGUGAUGAAGACUAAUAAGUACUCAAAUAUUUGUGAAGAUAUUGAUGAUUGGAGUGAUGAUUUGCAAAGAAAGAAAAAUGGGAAUGUGCUGAAGAAGAUUGGUGUCUUGUGGAAGAAGCCUCAGAAAGACACUGUCUGAUUCAUGAAGUGCUUUGAAUUCACAGUCCAGCAGCAAUAUUGUGUUGCUGCUGAAGUGUUUGUGUUGUCCAAAUAUUUCGAAGUGCUAUCAUCCUUUUUGCUAUGUUCUGGUUUUAAAAACAAGAGUUUUUGUUGCAUUGGAUUGAAGUUAAAGAAGUUGGAAGUUUGUUGCAUUGGUGAUUCACUCUACUAGAGAAUUAACCAAUUUUUUCUUAUUAUCUUUUCCUGAUUCACUAAGCCAUAUAGUAUCAACUCCUAUCCAGAUAAUUAGUACGACACAAACACGUCAGAUGUGUCAGAGAUGUGUGUAAUAGUACCAACUCCUAUCCAGAUAACUAGUACGACACGAACAUGUCAAAUGUGUGUAAAGAGUAUCUAAGGUGCGAUGAAAUAAAAUAAAAAAUGUAACAAUUGUCUUAUUUGUCAAACAUAUAAGCUGUGCGAGUAUUGAACAUAGACACACGCCUUAUCUUAGAUGUGUUUGAAGCCACAUCACACUUACCUAAAAAGGUUCUCCAUGAGACCAUAAAAAUGGUUGUUGUAGAUGAAAAGUAAGAUCAUUGAUCCUAGAACACAUCGUACCAACAUAUUGCUUCAUCGAUAUGCAAUCCAAUGAACUAUCUGAAGCAAUCUAUAGAAGAAGCAAC